GAGCUGCCUCCGUUGACAUCGCAGAAUGGAGGAGAGGAGUGAGGAGUCGCCGGCUUUCUCUGUCAGGGUCUUCACUCUGCAGGAGGAGGAGAGGGCUGAGGAGGAGCACAUGGAGACGCAUGAGGAGGUGCAGGUCCAGGAGGAGGUGAGCAGAGAGCAGCAGGUCAGUGUGUGCAGGCACAGAGCAGAGCAGGAGCUCACUGUGCUCCUCACCACAGCACAGGAGGCUCAGCAGCUCGUCGUGCAGGAUGCCAACAGAGCACCAGUCUUCCAGUUUACUGUUUCCAAGGAGAUGGACUGCUGCCAGGUCGGAGGACAGUCCUUUCUGGUCACCGUGGGCAAGCAGAGUCUUCUGCUGCAGUUCAGAACUCCAGCUGAUCUGAAGAACUUCCAGCAGUUAUUGAAGAGAGGAGACGACGGAGAGGCAAGCAAAGAGAGGGAGAACAAAGAUGCAGAGGGGGGCCAAACCCCUUUAGGGAGACAUCCCACUCUGUUUGAAACAGCGGCUGAAAAUGUCCCUAUACAGGGCUACCAGUUCCACAGCUGUCUGUCCCAGCAGCAGAGCCUGCUUCAGGACUACCUGAGGAUCACCACCUACCAGAGGGCCAUCUUAAUCAAUGAGACUGACUUCAGGGACAAGGUGGUUCUGGAUGUGUGUUGUGGGUCUGGUAUUCUGUCUUUCUUUGCAGUCCAGGCAGGAGCCGCCAGAGUGUAUGCUGUGGAGUCCAGCCCCAUGGCCAAGUACACACAGAUCCUGGUCCAGAGUAACUGCCUGUCGGAGCGGAUCCGAGUCCUGGAGGGGGAGGUGGAGGAGGUCAGCUGUCCUGACAUGGUGGAUGUCAUUGUCUCUGAGCCAAUGGGAUACAUGCUGCUCAAUGACAGACUCAUGGAGAGCUUCUUGCACGCCAGAAAAUGGCUCAAACCCAAUGGUCUGAUGUUCCCCUCCUGUGGUGAUAUUCAUCUGGCUCCCUUCAGUGACGAGCAGCUCUACUUCGAACACUACGCGCGAGCUAGUUUCUGGCAGCAGAGAGGCUUCUACGGCGUCAACCUGAGCGCCCUUCACAGUCCGGCGGUGGACGAGUUUUUCAAGCAGCCCAUAGUGGACACGUUCGAUGUGCAGAUCCUGAUGGCUAGGUCUGUCAAGCACUGCAUCAACUUCAUGGAGGUCAAAGAAGAAGAUAUACACAGAAUGGAGAUUCCCUUUGUGUUUACUCUGCUGCAGUCUGGUCUGGUCCAUGGACUCGCCUUCUGGUUCGAUGUGGCCUAUCUGGGAUCCAAGUCAACAGUGUGGCUCUCCACAGCGCCCUCUGAGCCGCUGACCCGCUGGUAUCAGGUCAGAUGUUUGCUCCAGACGCCGCUCUUCGCCAAGCUGGGACAAACUCUGUCUGGGACUGUCCUGCUGGCCGCUAACAGCAGGCAGAGCUAUGACAUCCACAUCACAGCCACAGUCGACCAAUCAGGCUUCAGAUCAGGAAACAUCCUGGACCUCAAGAACCCUUUCUUCAGGACGCCAUCUUGGUUCCACAGCUAGAGACAUCUGGACCGUCGGCAACCUCGAGGCCCGGGUCGGUUGGCCUCUCUCCGCCUGGAUUCAGGGUGAGGAGAACAGAGGAACCUCAUAAGGAAUCAUCAGAUGUCGCUCCUCCAUACACCAGAACUUUGAUCUAUUUUAAUUUUGUUCUUUCAUACAUUUUGUCAGCAAACCUUGUUCCUGUGGUGCUUAAUGUAAGUGAUGAUGAGACAUGAGUAAUGUGAUCACAAUGAUGAAAAUAAUGCAUUGCAUUUCACAUUCAAGCAUGCACCAGGAAGCUGGAAACUGUCAUUUCUAUACUAGCAGUUUUCUCUGUGCAUGCCUGUAAUUCGCUGUAAUAAAAUGUUGCCCU